CCCCCUCUCGGCUUUGACCACGUUGUUUAUCUGAAUUAAAAAAAGAAAGGUUAUAAACAUCUGAAAAUUUGUUUAUUGCUUUCAACAAUUUGCUUGUGCAAGUACAUCAUCAAGUUAAAUUAAAAUAAUUAAUUGUUAAUAAAAACAAAUUUUAAAAAAUGUAUCUCAUGUAUUAUUUGAACGAAAAAAAUGAGAGAGUUUACACACUCAAGAAAGUUGAUCCCCAGGGUAAUCCAACAUUCUCUGCUCAUCCUGCUCGUUUUUCACCAGAGGACAAAUACUCCAGAGAAAGAAUCACAUUAAAAAGAAGAUUCAACCUUCUUCUUACUCAAAAACCUCAACCAACAUAUUAAUUUCAAUCAAUACAAAUAAAUGAUUGUAAUAAUUUAAACUAAUGAAUAAUUAAAAUCUGAAACAAAUUAAUUAACAAUA